AUGGGUUUCCGCGGCCUCCUCGAGUCCAAAAUCGACUCUAAACUCCACCGCAAGACCUCCAGCACCCAAAUCCAACCCGAGUCUGCACCAGCCCCGGCUCCGAGCUACUCGUCCGGUCCUCCGCCCCCUCCUCAAGUCCCUUACCCAUGGGCUCCACGAUGGGACGAUAACUACCAGCGCUGGUACUUCUUCAAUGAGCAGACGGGGGUGUCGUCUUGGGAGACCCCGUCCCAAGAUCCGUCUUACGGUUAUGGUGCGCCGCCUCAGCAGGAGCAACCAGUUCCAGCUCCAGCCCCAGCUCAGGGAGGAUACUAUGAACAGCCGCCGCAAGAGUCAACGCAAAAAAAGGACGGUGAGGCCGAGAAGGAUUCGGGGAAUUUGAAACCCGAAGGCAAGACGAAGAAAAGGCUCAGCGCUAUCAAGAAAUUGAGCAGUAAGGUCAAAAAAGCCCAUGAUAAGAAAAAGAGCAAGGGCAAGGGCAAGGGCAAAGGCAAGGGAGGUGGAGGUGAAGGUGAAGGUGAGGAAGAGGAGGAAGAGGAGGAUGAAGACGAAGAGGAAUCGGGGUCAGGGUCAGGGUCAGGUUCGGGGUCAGACUCAGAAUCAGAGUCGGAAUCAGAAUCAGAAUCAGAGUCGGAGUCGGAGUAA